AUGAAACUUAUUUAUACUAUUAUAUUUAUCUUUUAUUCAAUUUCAUUACUAAAUUGUUUUGAAAUUGAUUCAUUCAAACAAGAUCAACAUCAAUUAAUCAAAGAGUAUAAUAAUCUUAAAGAAAAUAGAGGAUCUGUUAUCGAAUGUUUAAUAAAUCAAGCUCUCCCAAGUUGUCAAUACGCUUCAGGAGGAUUCACAUGUCCAACAAUUUCAGGUUGUUUAAGAUCAAUGGCUAGAAUACCAAAUCAAAUAUCAUAUCAAGUUUUGAUUCCUGGUGGAUCAUAUUUUGAAAAAGAUUGUCCAGGUGUAUAUGGUCAACUAGGUAUUUCUGGUAUCCUAUUUUUCAUCGGCUGGCAAGGUCAAGCUAUUUUUAACUGUGGAAAAUCUCAAUUUAUUUCAUUUGAUUCUGGAAAUUCAACGCUUGAUGUUUUCAUUGAUGGUUUAGACCUUCAAGGAAAUUCUAAAAUUAGUGGUGGUAGUAUUAAUAUUUUUGGUGGACGUAAAGCAUCAGCUUUAUCUUCAAUCACUAUUAUUAAUGUGUCAGGUGAAGGUAGCUCAGCCACUAAUAAUGGUGGAUUUUUAAGUACCACUUAUGGAAAAGUAUAUAUUAUCAACAGCAACUUUAAAAAUAAUACUGUUGAAAAUUCUGGUGGUGUUUUCAAUGCUCCCAAUGCUUUUAUUUUGUCACUCAACUCUACUUUCAUCGGUAACUCUGCCAUUGAAGGAAAUGGCGGAGCUCUAUAUGGUUACAACGCAAGUAUUGUAAACUCUACCUUUAAUAAUAACUCUGCUGAUAUUGGAGGUGCUGUAAAUACCAUUGGUCCAAUCAAUGUAGUCAACUCAUCAUUUUCGGAUAAUUCUGCAACCUAUGGAGGUGGAAUCUUCUCUAUCGAAGGAGUUAAUGUAGACAAUUCCUUCUUCCAAUACAACUUUGCCAGUGAUGGUGGAGCAAUUUUUGGUAUCAAUCUGACCGUUUCAAACUCAAUAUUCGAAUCGAAUCAAGCUAUUAAUCGUGGCUCUGGUGGUGCCAUCUAUGCAUCUUCUAAAACUCAAACCAAUAUGACUGUCUACAACUGUACUUUCUAUCAAAACGAAGCUGAUGGUGUAGGUGGUGGUAUCUAUUCGAUUGGAACAUCGCUUCUCGUAUCGAGCAGUCAGUUUGACUACAAUAGAGCAAAAGCUUCAGGUGCUGGAAUCUUUGCAGCCUAUGGAACUGAUUACAUCUCAGUAGAUGUUAUCGAUUCAUCAUUCACAUAUAAUACUGCAGAAUUAAAUGGUGGGGCAAUUGCAAUCUAUGGACAGUUCUUGGUUAAUCUCUAUGAGUCAGUAUUUGAUUCCAACUCUGCUGGUCUCGUAGCUGGUGGUAUUUAUUUCACAAAUUAUCCAAAACAACUGUUGGGUGGUGUAUUUACCAACUCAAUGUCGAAUGAACCAGGUUCAACCACAUUCUACUCUGACUCUAUUAUCGAUGCUAACAUUGCAAAUGUUACCAUUCCAAAUUCACAAACCUCAUAUUCUGUAACACUUUUCGAUGAAGAAUCAUUUACCUAUAUUAAAGCUAUCGGUGUAAUUGGUUCAUGUUUUAAUGGUGUAGCCACAAUCGAUCAAUAUGGAACAAUUCUUAAAUGUACAUGUUUGGGAAGUUCAACCGGUCCAAGUUGUGAUAAUUAA